CCAUCCAGCAGUAAAACAUGCAGACCUCUCAGUUCCUGUGUGAAACAAGCUGCUUUACCGAGAAAGGAGAUGUGAUGUGAGACGUUUGUGACCUGUCCUGGUUCCAUCCUCUGUACCUGAAGCAUGGGGCAGCUACUGAUGCAGGGAUUGCUGUGGGCUGUGAUUUUCCUGGGCUCAUCUGUCCCUAAUAUCGAGUCCUCAGAGUACAACCCAUUUCCUGGCAUCACCGAUAAGAAGUUCAUCGACGACUGUGUGAGGAUACACAACGACAACCGAUCCUCUGUGAAUCCACCAGCCAGAAAUAUGCUCUACAUGACGUGGGAUGAGGGCUUGGCUGUCACUGCAAGGGCCUGGGCAAGACAUGAUUUCCAGCACAACAUCUACCUGAAAGAGGUCAGACGGGUCCACCCUGUCUUCUCCUCCGUGGGAGAGAACAUCUGGGCAGGAUACCCGCCCUCCACGUUCUCAGUCAUGCGGGCCAUGGAUUUAUGGGUCAAAGAAGUGAACGAUUACUCAUACCAAAGAAAUGCGUGUAAACCAGGAAAAAUGUGUGGCCACUACACACAGGUUGUUUGGGCGACGAGCUACAAGGUUGGUUGCGCCGUCCAAAUAUGCCCAAAUGGCGUCGACAGGACUUUGUUUUCUGAUAAAGAGGGAGCCAUAUUUGUUUGUAACUAUGCCGAAGCGGGAAAUGUGGUUGAGAUGUUACCAUACCAGAACGGGUUGGAAGAAUGCAGCUCUUGUGAGGGUGCAAACAAUCAAUGCCAGGCCAAGCUCUGCCACAAUCCAAAACGAGAUGAACAGAAAAGUUACAGAUGGACCCCCGACUGGGACCCCACCCUGGCCACCUGUGGCCCCUGCUGCAUGGCCAUAUUGGCCAUCCGACCCCUGGCCCUUCUCCUCACCUUUGUCGCCUCAUUUGGAGUACACAGACUGUACCCAAGCAUAUUUUUUUACGAAUAGCUGAGAGGUUUAGAUUAAUUGACCUGCACUGUUCAUUGUUGUCAUGGCUUUCUCAAUGUGGUCCUGUCUUUUUUAAAUUCCUGCAGAGCCUCAAACCAAACUCCCAUUGUGGUACAAUAAAGUGAACUACUACUAAAAUGUA